GCGCAGAAACCGAGAAAAGCACGCGCCUCCAGCUCGGUGUAGGCUGGCCGAGGCCCCACACGCCUUCUCCCCGCCAACCAAUGGACUGGUCUGUUAUUCUCCCUCGCCAGCGAACCGCUCAACAGGGGGGCGAUACACCGGCUGUCGACUCCCAGCCACCCCUCGAGACGUCUCCGACGAAAACAAUCCUAUCGGGCUCUUUUCAGUUGGCCGCAUUGCAUAUUGCCUACGCAGCAAGCUGCCCCCCCGACCGACCUCGUACACGUAGCUCAGCCCCAGCUGGCAAAUUUGGUACUGCUUCCCAGCCCGCUAAUUUACGAGGGCCACAACACGUCAACCUCGCCCGGUACUACCUCUGCUCUGGCCUAUGUAGGUAGUCCUGUCCUGUCUCGACACCAUCCGAUACGGUCGCGGAAUUGCUUGCAUGCUUGCUUGCGCCCUGUUUCGCAUCCGUCACUCCACUACCGCGCGCGACGCCGACCAGGCACGUUUUGCGAUGAUCCAAACCUGAACGAUAAAUGUCGUCGUCGUACGAAUCGUCGAGGUCUCGCCGAGGGGGCUGGGGCCACUGGGUCCCGAUUGUCAUCACUCUCACCGUCGCCACCGUCGGUGUCGCGGCCUGGGCGUGGAGCCAGCGCAGCAACAACGAGGGAGACGAGGAGAGCGAUCUCGAGCCCGCCGCUGGCCUCGACUACGAAAAUGCAGACUACGGAGACAACCCACCCUACGGCGCGACGUCGCGAGCGGCACGUCUAGGCGCCGACGGCGGCUCUCCCGUCCAGCCCGGCGACGCGAGCUACGGCGUGGCCGAACUACAUCCCGAGACGAGCGGCAUCUCGUCGGCGUGGAGCACGCAGGUGUCUGGUGCGCUCCGGCGAACCCCGAGUCCGCAGCAGUUCUUCUCAAAUGCGGGUAAGACGGUGGCGGCGGGCAUAGCGGGGGUGGGCACCGUUUUCGGCAGCGCGCUGGCUGCCAUACGAGAAGAUGACAAGAACGCAUAUGCUGAUCACGAGACGUGGUCAGAGGAAGCCGAAGCGAGAAAGGAGAAACAGCCGUCAACGUCCCAGCCCAAGGACGCCAGCAAGGGCCGCAAGACAGUCGCUAUCGUCGUCUCUGCCGACACUAAUGCCGACGAGUUUACCGGCGACGGCUUCCACGAACAUGCUUCUAUCCUCUCCUAUAUCCCUCGAGAUGUCGAUUUUUCCACGACCAAGUUGUUUGUCCUGAUCUAUGCGCCGGGUCUCAAGGACUCCGCCCUAGAGGCGUCGAGUGGCAACCUACCUCCUGCCUCUCUAAGCUCGUCCUUCUCCAACAUCGCAAACGACCAGGAUCAAACGCCAGGGGAGGAGUCAAAGAGUCCAAUGUUGAGCGUCCAUUCGGUCAAUUCGCCUUUUCACGCCGUGUAUUCGCAAGCGCUUGCCCUAGUGGAGAAGGAGACGAUGGUGCUCCCGUUCACGACGGUCAACGGCCACGUGCAUAUCCUACGACACCUACACCCCGAGGUGGUGUACCUCCAGGAAUCUCUAGCCGGCCCCGACGGCAACGUCGUCACGCAGCUACAGACCUGGCUCAAGCACGACGUCAUCCUGGUGGUCGGAGUCGACGGCGGGCACGGCGGGCUGGCGGACAGCGACUCGGAAACCGAACAGCCAGGAAAAGAGAAGGAGAAGAGAGCAGACCUCUGGUGGCAGCGGGAGGAACGGACUGGCCGAGGCCGGGGCGUGGUCGUCGUGGACAGUCUGAAGGUCGGUGAUGAUUGGGCUCGGCGGGUUCGGGGCAAAGAGUGACGAUGAUAUCUUGGGAUCUCGGGGUGGCUCACUUUCAGCAAUGCGGGCAUGAAUGGCAUGCGUGAAACGUUCAAGUUUUUUUGAUACUCAAUCCCCCGAAUACAUAGGCCACGUUUUUCCUAUGCUGAUAGAAAUAGGAUAGUGAUAUAUAUAUAUACGUAAGUAUGCGUGUGUGUGUGUGUGUGUGAGUAUGUUAUGUGAGAGGGAAAGAAGCUGAGGAGGAGAGAUAAUAACCUCUGAGGUGAAAGUUCUCG